GACACGGAGCCCCCCGGGAUCCCCCGAGUCCCCUGGGCAUCAGGGAUGCUGCAGGUCCGUGCCAGAGAAGCACCCUUGGACUGCAGGGUUGAGGUGCCACCCCUAGCCCGGUGCCAAGGGGACACCCUCACACUGGAGGACAGCCCCCCCAGGCUGCCCUGGCACCUCCAUCCAAACUCCCUCCUCCCCUUCCUGGGAAAAGGCCCCUGGUGCCACAGGGAUGGGUGUCCUGCCCCUCAACAAGGAGGGGGUGAAUUUAUCACAUGGGCUCUGCCCCCCUCCCAGCAAAAUGGGUUUGCUCUAAAUAAGGCGUCAGGCCUUCCCCAUAUCGACUGGGGGGAACCUGGGGGACAACUUGUGGCCCCCUCCCUGCUGUCCCGGGCAGUGCUGCCAGCGUGCAGGCACUGCGUUCCUGGGGGGAAUGUCUCUUAGCUGCCCCCUCCCCCGUGCCCUCAUUGGCCCUGUGCCUCCCCUCAUUAAUGAAAUCUCUGUCCUCCCUGAUGGCUGCACUAAUUACUGAGUUCAUUAGUGGCCCGGCUGGGGGGCCCAGAGAGGGGUGAGCCCGCUGGGGCCUGCGAGGGGUCCCCUACCCCUGUGCCACACUGACAGACUGCCCUGGGACGGCCACUGAGCAGAGGGCGACAGCGGCCACCCACCCGGGUGCUCCACCCCACCCCAAACUCAGCCCCACUGGGGGUUCUGCAGCCAGGUCCCCUUGCCGGUGGUACCUGUCACCAUGGUGGAGCUCAGCGCCAAAGUCUCCAGGACCCUGAACAAGACCACACCUGGCAUCCAGAUAUGGCGAAUUGAGAACAUGGAGAUGGUGCCUGUGCCCACCAAAAGCUACGGCAACUUCUACGAGGGGGAUUGCUACGUCCUGCUGUCGACACGCAAGUCCGGGAGCAACUUCAGCUAUGACAUCCACUACUGGCUGGGCAAGGAGUCAAGCCAGGAUGAGCAGGGGGCGGCGGCGAUCUACACCACCCAGAUGGAUGAUCACCUGGGCUCCGUGGCCGUGCAGCACCGCGAGGCCCAGGGACACGAGAGUGACACCUUCCGUGCCUACUUCAAGCAGGGACUCGUCUAUAAGAAGGGUGGGGUGGCCUCAGGCAUGAAGCAUGUGGAGACAAACACCUACAACGUCCAGCGACUGCUGCAUGUGAAGGGCAAGAAGAAUGUGGUGGCAGGAGAGGUGGAGAUGAGCUGGAAAAGCUUUAACAGAGGAGACGUAUUCCUGCUGGACCUGGGCCAGCUCAUCAUCCAGUGGAACGGCCCUGAGAGCAACCGAAACGAGAGGCUGAGGGCAAUGACCCUGGCCAAGGAUAUCCGGGACCGGGAGCGCGGGGGCCGUGCCAAGGUGGGCGUAGUGGAUGGUGAGGAUGAGGAUGCCUCACCAGGACUCAUGAAGGUCCUUAAGCAUGUGCUGGGUGAGAAGAGGGACAUCCAGCCAGCCAUCCCUGAUGUCAAAGUGGACCAGGCACUCAAAUCCUCCCUCAAGCUCUACCAUGUCUCCAACACCAGUGGAAACCUGGUCAUACAGGAGGUGGCAGUUCGACCCCUAACUCAAGACAUGUUGCUGCACGAGGACUGCUACAUCCUUGAUCAAGGAGGUAUCAAGAUCUUUGUCUGGAAGGGCAAGAAUGCCAACAAGGAGGAGAAGCAGCAGGCGAUGAGCAGGGCGCUGGGCUUCAUCAAAGCCAAGAACUAUCCAGACAGCACCAGUGUGGAAACAGAGAAUGAUGGGUCCGAGUCAGCCAUCUUCAGGCAACUCUUUCAAAAAUGGACUGUCCCCAACCAGAGCAGUGGGUUGGGCAAGACCCACACUGUGGGCAAAGUGGCCAAGGUGGAGCAGGUGAAGUUUGACGCUACCACGCUGCAUGCCAAGCCCCAGAUGGCUGCCCAGCAGAAGAUGGUGGAUGAUGGAUCUGGAGAAGUGGAGGUCUGGCGUGUGGAGGACAAUGAGCUGGUGCCUGUAGAGAAGAAGUGGCUGGGCCAUUUCUAUGGCGGGGAUUGCUACUUGGUGCUCUACACCUAUUUUGUGGGGCCCAAGGUGAACCGCAUCAUCUACAUCUGGCAGGGCCGCCAAGCCAGCACAGAUGAACUGGCCGCCUCUGCCUACCAAGCUGUCGCCCUGGACCAGAAGUACAACAACGAGCCCGUGCAGAUCCGCGUCACCAUGGGCAAGGAGCCGGCCCAUCUGAUGGCCAUCUUCAAGGGCAAGAUGGUGGUGUACGCGGGUGGCACAUCACGGGCAGGCAGCACAGAGCCCACACCCUCCACCCGCCUCUUCCAAGUGCACGGCACCAACGAGUACAACACCAAAGCCUUCGAGGUGCCUGUCCGCGCCUCCUCCCUCAACUCCAAUGAUGUCUUUGUGCUCAAAACCCCCAGCUGCUGCUACCUCUGGUAUGGGAAGGGCUGCAGCGGGGAUGAACGUGAGAUGGCCAAGACUGUGGCUGACAUCAUCUCCAAGUUGGAGAAGCCAGUGAUUGCAGAAGGACAGGAGCCACCUGAGUUCUGGCUGGCCCUGGGGGGCAAGUCCCAAUAUGCCAGUAGCAAGAGGCUGCAGGAGGAGAACCCCUCUGUGCCCCCCCGACUCUUUGAGUGCUCCAACAAGACAGGCACCUUCUUGGCCACAGAAAUCAUAGACUUCACCCAGGAUGACCUGGAGGAGAGUGAUGUUUACCUACUAGAUGCCUGGGACCAGGUUUUCCUCUGGCUUGGGAAAGGCGCCAAUGAGUCAGAGAAGGAGGCGGCAGCAGUGAUGGCACAGGAGUACCUGCGGAGCCACCCCAGUGGGCGAGACCUUGACACCCCCAUCAUUGUGGUGAAGCAGGGUUAUGAGCCCCCCACCUUCACCGGCUGGUUCCUGGCCUGGGACCCUCUCAACUGGGACGACAAGAAAUCCUACGAGACGCUGAGAGCUGAGCUGGGCGAUGAGAGCAGCCUCGGGCAGCUCACCUCAGUGCUCACAUCCAGGCAAGAGGUCUUCACUGCCUCCACCACCCUUGUCCCCACCAAACUGGAGACCUUCCCCUUGGAUGUGCUGGUGAACACCGCAGCCGAGGACCUGCCCCGGGGCGUAGAUCCCAGCAGGAAGGAGGACCACCUCUCCGAUGCGGACUUCAAGGCUGUUUUUGGCAUGAGCCGCUCUGCCUUCAGCAGCCUGCCCUUGUGGAAACAACAGAAUCUCAAGAAGGACAAAGGACUCUUCUAGGGCAGGAGCCUGGGCACAGGGACAAUCCCAGCUCUUUAGUAAAUAAAAUAAGUUCGAAAGACGGGGCUGUGGUCUCUCCCAUCCAACCCCAAGGGCCAGCCCCAGGUGUGGGGGUUAUUUGGUUAAGAGCUGGCACACAGAGACACACAGGUCUUGACUGGGCCCCAGCAGCACAAGGCAGGACCCUCAACUCCUUUUCCCCGAGGCCUUCCUUUGACCUCGUUGUGCUCAGAGGUGAUGCACAGGCUGGGCAUGCUCGGGGAGCCAGGACUCUCCCAUCCUGCAGCUCUGGGCUAAAGGUCCAGUAUACAGCUGGAGCCACUCCCUCCUUAUCGCCUGAACUGCAGUAAAUACGUGUGGUACCAAAGGUAAAUAAGGAGACAGUGCCUGUGGGGACAGACACCAGGGAUCACUUGUCCUUGGACCCAGGAGGGGCGGAGGGCAUCUUCCUUCUACUUGGGCUCUAGAAGGAUGCUGAGAGGCACUGAGGUGUCCCCCAUGGGGCCAUAUCUCUCUCAGAGGGGCCAGGAUGGACAUGUGCAGAAGGGCACUGAACACACACAGGAUGUUCCCAGGCAACCGAGCAAAGUCCCAAUGCAAAAGGGGAGGCAGAGGUGCAGUGCCCAGCAAGAGCCAGCAGAAAUAAGAUUCCGAAUCAGUAGAGGGUUAAUAAAGAGGUUUUAAUUUCACAAAAAUCUAUCUACACAUCAUUUAAAAAUGGGCAGGGGGAACCCAAGAGCAAAAACUGUAAAGAAUAGAGAGGAACAGGUCUGCUAAAACACAGAGAAAAGCACUGCUCCACAUCAACAGUGUAAAGAACAGAAAGUCAGGGCGCAGGCAGAAGCCAGCAGGAGGCAAGGCUGCAAACCACAUGGACAGCAGCUGCCAGGGGUCCUGCACCCCUUUUCUCUCUUUGGCGGGCAAUUACAGGGAUAAUUAGCUCCAUUAAAACAAAGCAGAUGAGUUAUUCCCAGCCCCACGAUGUUCCCCAUUGAAGCAGGAAGUGCUGAGCUGGCAAUCAGCCCUUCCUCAGAUGCGGGACGGGAAGGAAGGAAGAUGCACGGGCGAUCUUAUCUGUGCUGCACUGAGCAGGGGGCGAGGCCAGGCUGAGGCCACAGGUGCUGCAGAGCUCCGCACUCUCCUCCCUGCUGCUACAGCUGGAUAAAGUCCUUGCUUUGCAAAUGCUUUGUGCAGCCCUGCUGGCCAGGGCUCCCCAGGGACCCGCACACAAGCUCCAGUUCAGUGACAAGAAAGCUCUGCCCCUCUCAGAUUAGGGGUGUAAAUCGAGACCAAAUUAUUGCAGCUAGACAAUGAAGCAACAGAAGGAACAGAGGGAUGGGAGUUCCUUGAGUUCUGUGAUGAAUCACACUUGUACUAAACUAGGUUGAUUCAGAAGUGGGUAAAUGUUUAACUGAGGAAGAGCUAAUACACCUUCAGGGCCCUUAGCUAAGCUUCACCUACCUAUA